AUGGGUAGGUGUUGGUUUGGUGGGAUAUUCAUUGCUGUGUUGCGUUUUGGGCUGUUGGUGAGUAAUGUGGUGGAUGGAUAUCCAGCUGAGGAUCUGGUGCUCAACUUGCCUGGUCAACCAAAGGUUGGCUUCAGGCAGUAUGCUGGUUAUGUUGAUGUGGAUGUCAAGAAUGGGAGGAGCUUGUUUUACUACUUUGUCGAGGCUGACAAGGACCCUGACCAGAAGCCCCUAGCUCUCUGGCUCAAUGGAGGCCCAGGUUGUUCCUCUGUUGGUGGAGGAGCCUUCACAGAGUUGGGUCCAUUCUUUCCUAGAGGGGAUGGCCGCGGCCUUCGAAGGAAUUCGAUGUCGUGGAACAGAGCAUCGAAUCUCCUCUUUGUCGAGUCUCCUGCUGGAGUAGGAUGGUCGUACUCAAAUACAACUUCCGAUUAUACUACUGGGGAUGCCAAAACAGCCAAGGAUAUGCACACGUUCUUAUUGAAGUGGUAUGAGAAGUUCCCAGAAUUCAAAUCCCGAGAAUUAUUUCUUACUGGAGAAAGUUAUGCAGGGCAUUACAUACCACAGCUGGCUGACGUUCUUCUGGACCAUAAUGCACAGUCAACUGAUUUCAAGUUCAAUAUCAAAGGAAUUGCUAUUGGUAAUCCACUUCUUAGACUUGACCGGGAUGUUCCGGCAACAUACGAAUUCUUUUGGUCCCAUGGGAUGAUUUCCGAUGAGAUCGGUCUCCAGAUCAUGAAUGAAUGCGAAUUUGAUGACUACACCUUUGCAAGUCCGCAUAAUGUAACCGAUUCUUGCAAUGAAGCGAUAUCUCAAGCAAAUAGCAUCAUUGGUAGUUACAUAAACAAUUAUGAUGUGAUCCUCGAUGUUUGUUAUCCUUCUAUAGUAAAUCAAGAACUGCUAUUGAGGAAAAUGGCUACCAAGAUAAGUGUUGGUGUUGAUGUGUGUAUGACCUAUGAAAGACGUUUCUAUGUCAAUCUUCCCGAGGUUCAGAAGGCUCUUCACGCAAAUCGGACCAAACUACCUUAUCCCUGGUCUAUGUGCAGCGAAGUGUUAAACUACAGUGAUACUGAUGGUAAUAUCGACAUACUUCCCAUUCUGAAAAAGAUCAUUCAAAAUCAUAUUCCAGUUUGGGUUUUCAGUGGCGAUCAAGAUUCUGUUGUACCACUGCUGGGAUCCAGAACACUUGUCAAAGAACUUGCUCAAGAUCUAGACUUCAAGAUUACAGUCCCCUAUGGAACUUGGUUUCACAAAGGCCAGGUGGGAGGUUGGGCAACAGAAUAUGGAAAUUUAUUGACUUUUGCCACAGUGAGAGCUGCUGCCCAUAUGGUGCCCUAUGCACAACCAUCAAGAGCUUUGCAUUUGUUCAGUUCAUUCGUGGAAUCAAGCAAGCAAAGUAGAUCGAUGAUCGAGAUGGUUGAUAGUUUCAAUCACUGGUCAUUUGGCCAUUUAAGGCCUUUUGUGAAAGGGGUUCUGAGUUCUUGCAAGGGAGUAAUAAAGGGUCAUUGUAAAUUCUGGAUCUCUCAAUCAUUCAAUGGAGUUAUUGUUGUUGGAUCAUUGCUAUCUUUCUUUGCAGCCAUGGCAUAUGCAUAUGUAAUUCUGUUUCCAAGAUUUCAGCCUGUUAUUGAUAAGAGUUAUGAGAUCCCCCUUCCAAUACGUGGAUUUAAUUGCUUGGCUAAUGGGAGAAGAGACAGAGGUUAUACAAAAUGGAGGUGGAAGCCUAAGAAUUGUGAAAUUCCGAGGUUUAAUGCGCGUGAAGUUCUUGAAAAGAUGCGUGGGAAGCGGAUUGUUUUUGUGGGUGAUUCGUUGAGUAGAACACAGUGGGAGUCUUUGAUAUGCAUGCUCAUGACCGGUGUGGAGGACAAGGGAAGUGUUUAUGAAGUCAAUGGGAAUAAGAUCACUAAACAGAUUAGGUUUUUAGGUGUACGGUUUAGUUCGUAUGACUUGAGAGUUGAUUUCUAUAGAUCAGUUUUUCUGGUGCAGCCUGGUCCAGCGCCUAGACGUGCACCAAAGAGGGUUAAAUCAACACUCAAGAUCGAUAAGUUGGACGAUAUUAGCAAUGAGUGGAUUGAUUCUGAUGUUCUAAUAUUUAAUUCAGGGCAUUGGUGGACACCGAGUAAACUUUUUGAAAUGGGCUGUUAUUUUCUGGUUGGCGGAUCGCUGAAGCUAGGAAUGCCUAUAACUUCUGCCUUCAAGAGGGCACUGGACACAUGGGCAUCGUGGGCUAAUACUACCAUAAAUGCAAAUAGAACAAGUGUGUUCUUUCGCACUUUUGAAUCUUCCCACUGGAGUGGUCGGAAUCGCCUUUCUUGCAAAGUGACUCGGCGGCCAUCAUCAAGAACUGGAGGGAGGCACCGGAGCCCAAUUUCCGACAUCAUAAUCAAGGUUGCAAAGACAAUGACCGUUCCCGUAACAGUUUUGCACGUGACACCCAUGGGGGCAUUCCGGAGUGAUGCGCAUGUUGGCACUUGGAGUGACAAUCCAUCUGUGCCUGAUUGCAGCCACUGGUGCUUACCUGGAGUACCUGAUAUGUGGAACGAAAUUCUCUUGUCGUAUCUGUUGUCCAAGAAUUAA